CAUUUUUUCUACUCCUCUACUUUAAUCUGGCAUUUAAAUAACCAAAAAGUCUAAUAUAAGUACAUACAUAAUUAAACUCUUUGAAAAAGUCUACGCUCUAUGGCCUAUAAAAGCAUUGUUUACAAAGUGUAACUGUACUAUAAUGUCGCCAAAAAAGCAUUGUUGUUGUUUUUUUUUUUUUUUUUGACCUGGAAACUGGCACCUUUACUUUGUUUGGUGCCAUAGAUAUACUAUAAAAAAAAAGUAUACAUUUGCCGCCAUUUUCCCGCGCGUUGGAAAAUAAAUUGGAAAAUUGUUGUGUUUCGUUUCAAAACACUAAAAAGUAUAAAAUAAAAAGGAAAAAUGGAUGAAGAACUAUUGAAUUCUACACCAGAAGAAAUUUCAACGUUAGCUCAAGAAAUUACAGAAAAUUUGCUACCAACAAAAUCUAGCAGCCUGUACAAUAAGGCCUAUAAUAAUUUCAUGGCAUGGAAACUGGAUCACAAAGCUUCUUCAUUUUCGGAGAAUGUUUUACUGGCGUAUUUUCAGAGCCUCCAUAAUAAAUUCAAGCCGUCUUCGUUAUGGGUCGAAUAUUCGAAGUUGAAAUCGACGAUUAAUUUGUAUCACCAAACCGAUAUAUCUAAAUAUGCGAAAUUAUUAGCAUUCUUAAAGCGAAAAUCUGAAGGUUUUAAAGCCAAAAAAGCGCAAACUUUUUCACCGAACCACUUAAAAACGUUCAUUGAUGAGGCACCUGAUAAUAUCUACCUUUUAACUAAGGUUGCAGUAAUAUUUGGCAUCAUGGGUGCAUGUCGCAGACAAGAGCUACAUAAUCUAAAAAUAAAUGAUGUAAUUGACGCGCACAAUACACUUAUAGUUCAUAUCAUGAACACAAAAAACAGAAUUGAUCGCACAUUUACUGUUACUGGAAAAUAUUAUGAAAUAUGCAAGAAAUAUUUAAACCUACGCCCAAAUCCAUGUAAUAAUCAAAAUUUCUUCUUGAGAUAUUUCAAAGGUAAAUGUACAAUACAAAAUGUUGGUAUCAAUACUUUUGGACAGAUGGGUAAAAAUGUUGCGGCUCAUCUGAAACUUCCAAACCCAGAGUUAUAUACUGGCCACGCAUUUAGAAGAACUUCAGCUACAUUGUUAGUAGAUGCUGGCGGAGAUGUUACUGCCUUGAAAAGACACGGAGGCUGGAAAUCAACGACAGUGGCAGAAGGUUAUAUUGACAACUCCAUAAACAGUAGAAAGAAGGUAUCUAAUCUACUCAUGACGUCCAUAGAGAAGACUCAGGAUAAUACUCCAUUUAUUUCUGUACAAAAAACUGAGCCUCAACAUAUGAAUCCACCAGAGUCGGAACCACUGUCGACUUCUCCUAAUACAGCUCCAACAUUGUCACAAAUAAUUCAUCAAAAUACCGAUCUACAUAUCAACACUGCAGUAAAACCUACCAAUGUACCCAAUAUUACCAUAUCACACAAUACCAUUCAAAAUUUACAUCUUCAUUUUCAUAAAUAAAAUUUUUCUUUGUAUAAUUUUUGUUUCAUUUAAAAUU